AUGACAGGGAUUGAGUAUGCUUGCUACUCACUGCAACAGCUUCUUCAACACUGGUGGUCAGCAAAGACCAACAAUGCAGCCCACAAGAUUCUUCUACAGGCCACCCCUAUUUUCAUAUGCUGGAACUUAUGGAAGAACAGGUGCGCAUGCAAAUAUGGGGGUAAAACAACAAAUAUAAGCAGGGUGAAAUAUGCAAUUUACAAAGAUAGCCACAAGAGGUUGAGCAUAGCAUUUCCCCAUAUCAAUUGGCCAGCAAAAUGGACUGAUUUGAUCCAGAAAUGUGAAAGUUGUGUUCAAGACACGAAGGUAAGUUUGGUAGCUUGGAACAAACACUCUUAUCAGUUGAUCAAGGUUAAUAUUAAUGGAAGUGCACUUGCCAAUCCAGGUAGUCAUGGGGAUGGAGGUAUUUUGAGGGAUAAAAAUGGCCAACUGCUAAUGGCCUUCGCAGCAACUCUAUGUGAAGGAACUAACAAUAAAGCAGAGAUUGAGGCAGCUAUUUUUUGUCUGAGUUGGACAUUAGAGCUGGGUUACAGCAACAUUUUAUUGGAUCUUGAUUCACCACUCGUUGUAGAGUGGAUAAACCAACAACCAACCCCUCAAUGGAACCUCAUAAUUCAGCUAGGCAGGCUUCAAAAUUUGAUCAGGCAGACCCAAAACUUCAAAUGCACUCACGUUUAUAGAGAGAAAAACUGGGUUGCUGAUGCACUGUCCAAACACAACCAUCAAACAACCAAUCCUUAG